AAGUCCUUUUUCCUGCCAAGUACAAAUAGAUGCAGGACAUAAUCAUACAGAAAACUACGCGUUUCGCUUAUCGAAUUAUAAAAGUCACAUAUGAUUAUCAAAAUGAGAAAAUGUAUCUUGUGUUUAUUUCCUGCGUUGAUUGUCUCGUGGGCGCAAACCAGCGACAUACUCCCUGUGCCUUGCAAUGACAAGACCGUGGAGAAGUUAUCCCGCCUGGCGCUUACUUACGUCAAUGAGGACAGAACCGUGGGCUACAAAUUUAGUCUCAACAGAAUUUUGAACGUCCAUCUUCAUGCACAGGGCCCGGCUGGGAAGGUCCACUAUCUGGAUCUGGAGGUGCUGGAGACAAAAUGCCACGUGGGGAGCCCGAAGCCUUGGAAGCGAUGUGACAUCAGACCCUUUAUGGAAACACAAAUCGCCGGAAACUGCAACACCACCAUCCUGCACGCACUGCAGGGCUUCUCUUACCUGCACAGCUACGACUGCAUUCUCAUCCCAGACCAACCAGAGACGUUGCUGAAGACUUGCCCCGACUGCCCCUUGCUCCUGCCCGUGGACAGCAGAGAGGCGCUGCGAGCGGCUCGGCUAACCCUCCGCAAGUAUAACACCGAGAAAGCCAGCGGCUCGCAGUUCAGGCUGCAGAGCAUCACCCGAGCCUCCCAGAGCACGGCGGCACAGGGCAGCUUUGUGGAAUACACCAUCCAGGAGACGGACUGCACCCUCGAGCAAGAAAACACUGGACUCUGCCAGCCAACAGACAUAAACGGAGAGGCGGCAGGUUUCUGUGUUGGGGCAGUUUAUGAGAGCAGGGACAGAGACGUCCAAGUCUCCUGUGAACUAUUCCACUCCCAGGGGAUUGAGAUGCCUAAGCCUGGGACUACGGGGGGAGGCGCCGGGCUAAAGAAGGUGCCAGAUGAGAUUUCUGCUCAGCGUGAGAAACCCAUAGCUGUAGAUGCCAAACCCCCAGUGCCAAAGGACCGGGGCCCCAGACCCACAGAUUCUGCACUAAAAGAUGUAGUCCCUGUCAGCCCCGACGGCAAGCCUGCUGUCCCGAUCCAACCGAAUGCGGCCCCCGAAGCCCCGAAAGCCAAGCCACCCACCGGUCCAAAAGCGUCGCACGACCAGUCCUCAGAAUCAAACUCCUCUGAGUCUUCUGAGGAGGCCAGCGACUCCGUCGUCAGGCCACCCCAGGAUUUCAGGUACAAAUAUUCCCGCCAAAAGAGGCAGGUGUCUCCCAAUGUCAGGUCGGAGAACAUCCCAGAAUUCCAGAGCGUCUUCCCCAGUACGCCAUCCCCGUUCCGCUCCUGCCCCGGAGCACCACGCUACACCACUGUGUGAACGAACGCAAGUGCUGAUUUGUUGUGCAUUUUGGCAAUGAACUGACAUUACAUGAAUUGACAUUCCAUUGUAAUUUUGUUGCCAAAUCUACUAUAUGCCAACUUAAUAAAAAUUAUGCAAACUG